ACGAAACUUAUACUCGGAUGCGAUGGAACUCAACUUCGAGUCAACCCUUUUUAGCUCAGGAUGGUCAGGCGAUCUGUUUUAAAGGUUUCGCGAUGCCUGGACAGUUGUCACAUCUGUUCCAUCUGGCGGAGACCAAUCCCUUCUCUUCCGACGGCCAGCGCUCACUGGGCUCCACGAAGACAAUUCAACUCGACCUCAGGUUUGCCCAGACCUCCAGCCGCAGCGGCGGCCGUUGUAGAGCAGUAUGAUGACGGCCCACCUUCCCGACCAAUCCAAGCAGCAAAACCUGCCUUUGGCCGCCCGGGAGCUGUUGGAGGCGUUCGGGGAGGAUUUGGCGGAGGGUUCGGCUCGGGUUUCGGAGGGUUCAAUGCUUCUUCGAAUUCGCGAGAGAAUGAACUCACUGCGGAAGAAGCCAAACAGCGCGAUACAUUGAGGAAACAAAGAGAAGCACAGAAACAACCUACGUCCCAACGGACCGCGUCCACACCCACGUCCACGUCCACACCUACAUCUACAUCUACUCCUACGCAACCCAAGAUCCGUUAUGGCAACUUCGGCCGUGAUUCAUCUCGACCUACUCAUGUAGAAAAUUCCGGUCAUAGAGGGGAAGAACGCCAACGAAACAUUCCAAGACGAAAUCUAGCGGAACAGCCCCCAAAUUCCUUUCGCAUUACCAGAGUUGAAACAAACGACGACAAUCCCGCUCGACCCCUGCCUGAUCAUAGAGGAAGGAGUUGGGAUUGCCGGGUGUGCAGGCAUGUCAAUCCCGCGCCUAGUAGGGUUUGCCCUAGGUGCGGAACCCCGGGAAAUCAAGCAUCUUCUUUCGCAUCUACGUCUCCCACCGAAGGGACAAAUAGUGGUUGGAGUACUGCAAACACCAAUGAUCAGGCACGAGAGUCGCCGAUAAUACGCAAGGUUGGCAUAGCUGCUUCUCAGGGAGAUGGAACAACGACUACGACGUCCAAUAAUGCAUUUAAUACUUUCUCAGGGUUCCGAAAGGGAAAAUGGUCUCAAGAACAGCAGGAGAAAGAGGAAUAUAUAGCCUCCCAACUCUCCAAAUCAUCUCCACCCAAGGAGCAUCAGAAGCCAGAGGUAGAUGAGGUUCUUGCGCUGAAAGUUGACCCACAAGCGGCCGCAGAGGCGAGCGUAGACACGAGAUCGAAGAAAAUCAAAAAGAAAGGGAGGAGAAGAGACCAAGAGGAUGACGACGGUGAAGGGCCAGUCAUACGUACUUCAAACGAAGCGGACUAUAACCGUGAAGUCGAGCGUGCGGAGCGCCGCCGACUCAAGGAGCGAAGAAAGCAACAAGCAAAAGAAGCGAAAAGGGCAAUGGCAGCCCCUUCACCAAUAUAUUUGCCCGAGUUUAUAACGGUUGGUAACCUUGCCGAUGCGUUGGGUGUUCGACCUGCCGAAUUCCUGGAGCGCCUGGUGGAUUUCGGAUUUGAAGAAACAACAUACAGUCAUAUUUUAGAUGCCGAAACGGCAGCGUUAAUUGCCUCGGAAUAUAAUUUCACCCCUAUAAUUGAGGAUACUGGCAAUGAUCUGGUGGCUGCCCCACCACCGCAGGAUACUACAAAUUUAUCACCGCGGCCUCCAGUCGUCACCAUUAUGGGCCAUGUUGACCAUGGAAAAACUACCCUUUUGGAUUGGCUUCGCAAAUCGUCUGUGGUAGCAACUGAGCAUGGAGGGAUCACUCAGCAUAUUGGCGCGUUUUCUGUGACAAUGCCGUCCGGCAAAGUUAUUACCUUUUUAGACACACCAGGUCACGCCGCUUUCCUCGAUAUGCGUCGACGGGGUGCCAAUGUAACGGACAUUGUCAUCCUUGUUGUUGCUGCCGAUGACAGUGUUAAGCCUCAGACCAUCGAAGCUAUCAAGCAUGCCAAGGAGGCCAACGUUCCGAUCAUUGUUGCCAUUAAUAAAGUCGAUAAGCCGGACAUCAACGUCGAAAGAGUAAAACAAGAUCUUGCUCGUCACAACGUUCAUGUUGAAGAUAUUGGUGGCGAUGUCCAAGCCAUAUGUGUCAGUGGGAAAACCGGAAAAGGCAUGGUUGACCUGGAAGAAGCUACGAUAACACUGUCAGAAAUGCUUGAUCACAGGGCUGAGAGAGAUGGAAAUGUUGAAGGUUGGGUUAUCGAAGCAACUACAAAGAAAGGUGGCCGUGUAGCUACUGUUCUCGUAAAACGGGGAACUCUAAAAUCUGGUGAUGUCAUUGUCGCAGGCACUACUUGGGCUAAAGUCCGCACUUUGAAAAAUGAAGCUGGAGUGGUUAUUAGCGAAGCUCUCCCCGGCACUCCAGUGGAGGUUGACGGUUGGAAGGAACAGCCUCAAGCUGGAAGUGAGGUUCUUGAAGCGACAAGCGAGCAACAUGCUAAGUCCGUCAUCGAGUACAGAUUGAGCAAAGUCGAGACAAAGAAACUGAGCGAGGACAUUGGUGCCAUUAACAAAGCUAAAAAGGCAGAUCUUGAAAGACGAAGGCAGGAGCUGCAAGCUAAGGAGGACGAAAGAGCCCAAGCCGGUGCUGAAGCUGAUUCUGGUCCAAAGGGCGUACCUUUCCUCAUCAAAGCUGAUGUAUCAGGGUCCGCCGAGGCAGUGGUCAAUUCAGUCUCUGCGCUUGGCAACAGCGAGGUAUACGCUCGCAUUCUACGGUCUGGUGUAGGGCCGAUUGGCGAAUUUGACAUCCAACAUGCCGCCGUUGCGAAGGGUCACAUCAUCACUUUCAACAUGCCUGUGGAUCCAUCAAUGGCUCGAAUGGCAGAAUCCGAUGGGGUUAAGAUCAUGAACCACAACAUCAUUUAUGAGUUAAUUGAUGAUGUCAAGGCGAAACUUAGCGAGCACCUGCCGCCCACGAUCACCCAACACGUCACUGGAGAGGCUGAGAUCGGCCAAAUUUUCGAAAUAUCAGGCAAGGGUCGCACAAAGGUUGCCAUUGCAGGCUCCAAAGUUCGGAACGGCAUGAUCAGUCGCUCACAUAAAGCGCGGGUUCUCCGUGACAAGGAAGUCAUUUACGAUGGUACAAUCACGUCUCUCAAGAACGUCAAGAAGGACGUCACCGAGAUGCGUAAGGGCACUGAAUGUGGCAUUGCCUUUGAGAACUGGAACGACUUUAGAGUCGGCGACCAUGUCCAAUGCUACGAAGAAAAGUCCGAAAAGCGAACCCUAUGAUAUAUAUGAACGGGGAAAAUUAAUGGACUCUCUUCUCGCUCCCAUAUUCCUCACACGACCCCACACUCCGACGCGCGUCGUUUCUUGAACUUUUCUUUUUUAUUACUUUUUUGUACGAUAUCUCACUUCAUUCUGCUUUCUAUGUUUGUCUUAUAUGAAUUUCGACGUUCGCUCUUCUUCGGAGAGAGUAGGUAAUAUUCAUCCGUCAUUCGCCGAUGAAUCUGCCGCCUUAAAUACCCUCGCACUUUUUCUACUCCUCUAAACCCUCUGUACGUCGAUCCAACUCCCCUCUCUAACCCCAGUCCCGUUGUAUCUCUUACUCUCACCAACAUUACCAGGCCGGUGUUUCUAUUUGCUUUCAACGGCAUUGCAUUUGCAUGGAUGUUUUGACAUCUAAAAAAUGGGGGAUAGGUAUUUUUGAUUUUCUUAGCUGGAUGGGGACCGUUGAUAUGUAUGUGUAAUCAUGAUAAGAUCGGCUGGGAUCUGCUAGAUAGAUAUUUAUAGGGUUUCAUUAGGAUAAAAUAAAAAGAACGGGGUUUCUUUCUGUAUAUCAAGAUUUUGAGAGUUGGGAGGGCGGCUGUCUUUUAGCUACUUGCCUACCACUCUGGAAACACGAGAUUUAAGAAAGUAAACGUAAAGUUCCCGAUGGCUCCUAAAUGCGAUUUGAAAUAGGCCCCCAAAGGGAGUGGAAAAAAAUCCACAAAACAAAAUGAGGAAGCCAAACUGGCUUAAUAGUUAAUGGAAACAUACAAUGGUGAUUGAUUGCUAUAUCCACGCAUCGCUCAUAUCAAUCAACCUCAAUGGUUCGCAAAACCCAACUAAAUAAAUUAAAAAUCCCAACAAAGUAAGAAAAAAGGGAGCAUGCAUGGACGCAUGGAAAGUAGAAGAACAAAGUCUACGGCGAUCUACAAAGUCUACGGCGAUCUAACAAUACAACCAUUUCUUUCUAUUGCUCCCACACAGAGUUUAG